UAAAGAGCCAGUAGAUAAAAACGGUCAAAAAUACAAAAAACAUGAAUAAGAAUAAAUUAUAGAUCAGACAAAAGCUCGCGCUCUGACUGGUCAGUGAGACUCGGCGUCAAACACCCCCCCAUUAAACCCCGCAUCGAGUGGAGACUUCACACACACCUCACACACACCACGCGCGUCAUCUUAACGGAGUACCUCAUACACUACUGAAACACACACACACACACCCGGACCCCACCCGUCAUGGCGUACGCGUCUCGCGCAGGUAAAAUAGGCUUGUGGACGGUUUCGGAUGAGGAAGAAUGCAAAGGAGACCGGAAGGUAAGGAGUCUGAUUGCGUCCCGAAACUACCUGCACUGUGCCAAAACAGCGCGAGACUUCAAGACGAGAAAGCCGCUGGUGGAGAAAAAGCGGCGCGCGCGCAUUAACGAAAGCCUGCAGGAGCUACGAGGCCUUCUGUCCGACACCGAGUUGCAUGCGAAGAUGGAGAACGCAGAAGUGCUCGAGCUCACGGUGAAGCGGGUGGAGAGCAUCCUUCAGGAUCAGUCACAUGAGACGGACAGCAUGAGUCGCGAGGCCAGCGAGCGGUUCGCCGCGGGCUACAUCCAGUGCAUGCACGAGGUCCACACCUUCGUGUCCUCGUGCCCCGGCAUCGACGCCAUCGUAGCAGCGGAACUUCUCAACCACCUGCUGGAGUGCAUGCCGUUAAAUGAGGAGCUGCAGGACUCUAUUCUUGAUUUCGGAUCCGAGCUUCUGUCUCCUACGGGCUCGAGGCCGCACAUCAGUUCACCGGGAGCGCGCGCACCAGCUCUGUCCCCGAACUCUUCCACCAGCGGCACUGAAGAGGAUCCGAGCUCCGACCUGGAGGAGAGCUUCAGCGAGUCAGCUCUGGGGUCUGCAGCAGAGCAGGUACAGGAGGAGGAGGAGGAGCACCGGAGCACCGCCCCUUUCUGUACAUCUAUGUGGAGACCGUGGUAGAGCCGCGAGCACACCGGAAACAGAACACCUGUACACUGACGCACGACUGGAAUUAACUGGAAUUCAUGCAAAUAAACCCGGAUUUUAAAAAAAACUUCACAAGGAUACUGCUGAACAUCACUCUGUCAUCAGCACGUGACGUUCAGCUUUAUAAAGUUUAAGGUGUCAGUCACAGGCUAGUGCUAGUGUGGAGAAAAUUCCUCUUUAUACAUAAAUGAGAAAUAUCGGUUUUGCUCUAGGAUUCUGGUGUGAGAGCAAAAAACUAAACCAUCCGUGAUGAUAUGAGGAAUCUGUGUGUUCAGGCUGUGAUAUCAGGAGAAGAACGUGAUCAGAGAGAAAGAAAAUCACGUGGAAGACUAAAACACAUGAAGUUUCACCUUUAAAACCUUUAUCACUGUAGUGGUUCCCAAAGUAUGAUGUAGAAUAAUGAUCACAGAUCCAUCAGAAAUCACUGGCUAAUGACUUAAACACGUUUAAAGCAGUUUUUUAUCAUUCAUAUUUCAGUAUGUUUUAAUGAAGGGAAAUAUGAAGCCUGGAUAAUUAUUAAUUCUUUUUGAAUGAUUUAUUUAUAGAUGAGUUUUAUAGCUGGUUGUAAAAAUCAUAAUAAACUUUAAUACUGAUUCUCUGUUAAUGUGCUGCAUGUAAAACAUUAUUUAUAAAAUGAAGGUGAUAUUUGAAGCA